AUGGCUGGCGUUUGUAGCAGAUUUGCUUUUGCGACCACAACAACUAUAGAGGACAUGAAAAACUGCUCCAAAAACGAAAACACUGCAAAAAGCACCGAUUUUUGGCUCUCUGUUUGGAAGAAGUGGUGCUUAGAGAAGAAAAUUACAGAUGAAAUAGAAAAUUAUGAGCCAGCUGAGCUUAACACUUCGCUCGAGCAUUUCUACGCCGAAGCAAAAAAUAAACAAGGUGAAGAUUAUGAACCAGAAAGCCUCAAAGUAAUGAUGGCAUCGCUUGACAGACACUUACAGAACAAAGACUACACCUUGUCCAUUGUACGUGACCGAGAAUUUAGUUCGUCCAAACAGGUGUUGGAAGGCAAAGAGAAACAGCUUUGCUUGGCUGGCCGUGGUAAGCGCCCAAACAAAGCUCGACAAGUAUCAGAGGAGGAAGAAGAAAUUCUCUGGAAGAGCGGAAAACUCGGAGGUAAUAACCCAGAAUCUUUAAUUCAAACAAUGUGGUGGCUCCUUACCCAACACUUUGGUAUUCGUGGAAGGCAAGAACACCACGAAAUGAGACUGGAGGAUUUCAGAAUCAUGAACGGUGACGACGGCAUCGAAUUUGUUGAGUUUGCAGAGGGGCCUACGAAAACAAGACCUGGAGGUUUGAGGGCAAAGCCAAGACAGUUCCAGCCCAAAAUGUUUCAGACCGGGCAAGGAAAAUGUCCAGUUGCUUUAUUUCGUCAGUACAUUAGCCGUAGACCUCCCAAUCUGAGGACGAGCGGUCCAUUUUAUCUCUCGAUAAAGUACAACAGACAAGCCGACGAUGAAAUUUGGUACAAGGUACAGCCCAUGGGAGAAAAUAAAAUCAACUCCAUGAUGAAGAGCAUCAUCUCCGGAACCAGCCUUGAGACAUCUGAGAAGCGGUUUUCCAAUCACAGUGCCCGUAAAACAGUAGUCAGCAAAAUGAAAAAGGCGAAUCUCGAAAGGUCGGCAAUUGCAAAAGUCACUGGUCACCCAUGCACCCAUCAAAACAGUCAAAAUUCGUGGACGUCCCAGCCCUUUUGUAAAAUGCGAAAUUCGGGACCUUAUGAGACUUAGAGAUCAUUGGAAGAAGGUGGCCCGGAAAAGCAAAGAUCCACAUGCUUGGUCUGAAUACAAAAACCUUUGUCGCGAAGUCAAACAUGAAAUAAGGACGGCUGAGAAAAUAUUCAUCGCGGAGCAAGUUGUAAACAACAAAAACAACUGUAAUUGCCUCUGGAGAGCAAUCCGCUUGUGCAUACCCAAGAAGUCCGCUUCUCAAAGGAAUUAUUCCAAAGAUGACAAAAUUGUUGCUGAUGAAUUUAAUAAUUUCUUUUCCUCUGUAGGAAAGAGUACCAUCAAUAGAAUUACUAAAUUGGCAGAGGAAUCGAAUUAUACUCUUAAUCAAUGUUCAUUUAUUCCGAGAAUCUACCCAUUGUCAGAGCAGUUCACCUUCAACGCAGUGAAGUGCGAACAGGUACAAAAAAUUGUCACAUCAAUGGCCAGUGGUAAGGCCCCUGGGAUUGAUAAAAUCCCAAUCCAUGUGAUCAAAGAUUGUUUGCCUGCUAUCUUGCCAUCGUUAACGUCUAUUAUUAAUGCUACCUUUGAGUUUGACACCUUCCCUUUGGCCUGGAAAACAGCUGAAGUGACACCGAUACUCAAGGCUGGAGACCACGAUAUUCCAAACAAUAAUAGACCGAUUUCAUUACUCCCUGUCCUUUCUAAAGUCUGUGAACGUGUCGCUCACAAUCAACUUACGUCAUAUCUACUUUCGAGAGGCCGUUUAUCAUCCAAACAAAGCGGAAAUAAACAGUGGCAUUCAACGGAAACAUCUGUCAUUCAAACAACUGACGAAAUCCUAAAUGCCAUUGACAAAAAGAAACUGACUGCAGUUGUCCUCCUUGAUCUAAGCAAAGCUUUCGACAGUAUUGACCAUCAAAUACUCCUCGCUAAGUUACAGGACAUUGGUGCGUCCAGACCUGCGAUAAAAUGGCUCGGAAGCUAUUUAACCUCGCGAUACCAAUUUGUGCGAAUAAAUACAACUCUGUCGACCAAACUACCUGUUAGUUCUGGCGUUCCACAAGGGAGCAUCCUUGGCCCAUUACUCUUUAACAUCUACGUUAAUGAUCUCCCUUCUGUGCCAGAAAAUUGUACAUCGCAGUGUUACGUCGACGAUACCAAACUUCUCAUGUCAUUUCAACUCCGCGAUCAGCACGAAACGAUAGAAAAAAUGAACAAGGACUUGUUAAGCAUUAGGAAUUGGUGCUUUGAUAAUCAGCUUUUACUCAACCCAGAUAAAACAAAACUAGUGAUAUUCGGCAGCCGGCAAAUGACUGCUAAGGUUAGCGACUUUAGGCUAUUUCUAUUGGGGAAGGAACUCGAGCCCGUUAAGGCUGCAAGAGACCUUGGUGUCACACUGGACUCUAACUUAACAUAUAAUGAGCAUAUUGUUUCUACUGUAUCCUCAUGCAUGUCACGUUUGGGUCAAAUUAACCGCGUUAAGCAUAUUUUUAAUAAACACGCGCUAAUUAUUAUUAUAAAUGCCUUAGUUUUUAGUAAAUUAUUCUAUUGCUCUUCUGUUUGGAGCAAUACUACUCAAACUAAUCUGGACAAGCUCCAAGCAGUACAGAAUUUCGCUUGUCGUAUUUUGAGCGGCGCUAAAAAAUUCGAUCACAUAACUCCUUUGCUAAAAGACUUGCGCUGGCUACCAAUCAGGCAACAACUUUAUUUUCGUUUUGCUGUUCUGGUUUUUAAGUGCAUGACGAGUUGUGCUCCGGAGUAUUUGACAUCAAAGCUCGUUGGAAGAUCCGCCGUCUCGACAAGGAAUACGAGAAAUUCUCAACUUUUGAACAUACCACUCUUCCGCACUGCCAGCGGCCAAAGGACCUUUCAAUAUAGAGCAACCUCUCUCUGGAAUGAGUUGCAGCCUGCGCUCAAACUUAGCCCAUCCGUGACGGAAUUCAAGUGUUUACUCAGGCAAAAGCUUCUUAAUGACUGCUUUAUUUAAUUAAUUUAAUUAAUUUUAUUGACCUUUGUCUUCUUUUAUCAUUGUUAUAUUCUUAUUGUCAUGUACUUGGUUUAUAAUUUUGUAAUGUAAAAUUGACUCUGAAAAGCCCCGUGGGGACGAGCCAAUAAAGUAUGUAUGUAUGUAUGUAUGUCACAGAAAUAUCCAAUCUUUAGAUGACUAUGAUGAAGCAGACGAAGACGAACAGCGACAGCUUUCGUGGGCCAUCUCACGAAAGAACAGCACACCGAAGCCAGCGGGUAAUACACCUGGUCCUUGUACUUAA